AGAGUAUUUCCUUGAUUGGGUUAGAUUAGAUUACGUGAUUGGUGGUGUCCGAUUGGGUCCGUGCGCAUCUGGGACCCUCCCAAAUAAUUAAUGGAUAUGAUAAAGUGCCUUCAGAAAGGUUUUGCAACAAUUAGACAAGAUUUAAAAUGUUUAAAAUCUGACAUAAAGGAAAUAAAAGAAGUACAAAUAAUACAAAGGUCAAACAAAAGCAAUAACAUAAUGGAUGAUGUACAGAAAUUUCAUACUGACGUCACGAUGCAAAUAGAAUGCAGCGGUAGAUCUAAUGUCGCAAAAGAUAAUUCCGAAACUGAAUUACGUGCUGUGGAAGAAGAUGGGGCCGAAGGAUCGCAGGACAAUAAUAAUGAUGAUAUUUUAUCUGCUAUUCAUAAAGAGACAAGCGAGCAACAUAAUGAAGACACAACCAACCUUGGAGGACCUUGGCCAUGCAAAGUGUUGACAAAGUUGUUACAAAAAUGUAACCACGACACUAUGGAGAAAUUGGUCUGUGACCUAUUAGGUGUACUAUUUUUGAAGGAAGAAUUGGCAAUUUCCUCUUUUACGGGUACAAAGUCCAAUGUUUCAAACAAGGCUGCCAAAAAACAAAUACUGUAUCCAUCGAAAGUUGCGGCAAUUAGAGCACAUGUCUUCAAUAAAUUUCCACCUGGAAAUGACGAUGAGAAAAAGUUUUGGGACGCUGUCAAGCGUAAAUGCAACAAUGCAUGCCCGAGGAACUGACUACCAUAAAAACAGAAAACAUAAUAUUUUGUAUUGUUGCACAUAAUAUUUUGCAUUAGUGUUAUUUUCUAUAAAUGUUUAUAUAUUUUUGUAAUUUUUAUAUUUACCGCUUUAUUGCUUCUGUAAAAACCUUUUGUAACAUUUGAUUUUUCAGUAACUUUUUGUAAUUUUUAGAAUAUAAAUAUUUGGAGUCAUAAAUUGAAUUUUUUGUGUAAUAUUUAUACAAACAUCAUAUGUAUACAUUAUGUUCAAAUUUAAUAUUUCCUCAGAAUCACGCUAUUUUUAAAUUUCAUAAUUUUAUUACAGAUAUAACGUUCUAAACAUUCGAGAAUAGCAUUUUUCGAACAUGUAUUAAAAACAACUUAUAAAACAAAAUAAGAACUACAGAAUAUCUUAGCACUUAAUACUGCUUAAUACUGCUGAACACUACUGCACUACUGCAGCAGUAGUGUGGUAGUAUUCAGUAGUGUCGUAGUGCAGUAGUCCAGUGUAGUGUAGUGUAGUGUAGUGGUGCAGUAGUGCCGUAGUGCCUCAAAAUACUACUAUGCAUUAGUAGUGCUCAGUAGUAUUUUUCUACAAGGGAUGAGGUAAAAGUAUUUCUACACUUGUUAAUUACCCAUAUUUUUUUGUUUUCAGGUUUGAGAAAAAAGAUGAUGUGGGUGAGGCCAUGUACAAGGAUAAGUUUUUAGAAUAUGUUAGAUGCUGCAAGAGGGAUGACAUUUUCUUCUUUAAAGGACUGGUACAUGCACAGAUGUACAAGAAAGUGACCUACAACGUCAAGAUUACAAAUGAAGCUGUAAUAGAAGCCAGUCAUUGCAAAUGUGCUGCAAGAGAAGGAGGCUCAGCUCAUUGCAAACAGGUUAUUGUGCUGCUCCUUGGAAUUGAACAAAUGGUACAUGAAGGUAAUAUAAUAUUGAGACAGGCAUGUACUCAACAGUUACAAACUUUCCAUAAACCAAAGAAGUACCAAGGCACUCCAUUGAAAGCUGCUUCCCUGCAAAGGAACCAUUCUUUCAAUUCUAUUCAGUUUGAUCCCAGACCUCCGAAAUACAGGGGGAUAUAUAGCAAAGAAAGACUUCUUAAUUUGUGUGCAUCAUUCAAUUCGAGCAUGCUUUUCAAGCACCUUCUUGUUCCCGCAAAUUCCUAUGGCGUGGAAUUGGAUCAUACAUAUUUACGAGUAAAUCCUAAAAAUAAACUGCUUCAAUCCAUGCUUCUUCUUGAUGUGGCAGAUGAAGAUGUGGUAAAAAUAGAGAUAGAAACUCGUGGUCAGUCUAAUAAUCCUCUAUGGUUUAUUCGUAGGAAGGUUUGUAUUACAGCUAGUCACUUUAAAGAUUGCUGUAUGGUUAAAACAGAAGAGGCUGCGAGAUCACUUGCUUUAAGACUGCUGAAUCCAAAGAAAAUACACAGUGCGGCACUGGAUCAUGGUAUCAUUAAUAAAGAGGCUGCCAUCAGUAAAUAUAUUGAAUAUACUGGAAUUAAAUUUAAAGUAGAAGAGUCAGGGUUAAUUGUGUCAAAGAAACGCCCAUAUUUAGUUGUUUCACCAGAUAGAUUGUUGGGACAAAAUGAUCUAAUUGAAGUAAAAUGCCCAUACUCCUCACGUAACAGUGUGAUAAAUCCAUUUACUGUGCCAUAUUUGUACUUUGAUGAAAAAGGUUCUCUAUGUUUGAAAUCUAACCUUCAAUAUAUGUAUCAAAUUCAAGCUCAGUUAUCAGUUGCGGUAAAAAAGUUUAUUACCUGGUAGUUUAUACCUAUUGUGAUUUAAAGAUAAUAUUAAUUGAACAAAAUCCUACUUUUAUUAGAGAAAUGUUAUCUAAACUUGAUCUGUUUUAUGAGAAGUAUUUUCUUCCAGCUCUUUUAAAUAAGUAUUAUUACAGACAUUACUCAGAGUAUAUACUCAGGUUUUGACUUAAGCAACUAAAUAUCUCAUAUAUUUUGCGGAGACAAAAAUGUUUAAAAACAAUAUUUUAUUUUUAAGUUAUAAUCUACCGGCAUCAAGCUGUUUUACAGAUUAUGCUAGUUCCUUUUAAAAUUAUAACUUUUUUACAUAAAGUCAAUCAAAAAUGAAUAUGAUACGACAGAUAUGUAAAGAAGAAAAUUGCAAGUUUAGUUUUGUUUUUAAUACUGUAUCUACAGAGAGAGAGAGAGAUGCUAUAUAUAAUUAUUUAUUAUUAAAUCUGUGAAAGUAUUAUUUUAUAUUUUAUUCUACGUUGUCUUUUGUUAUGUCUCAAAUGUUUUGUAUUUUAUAUAGUUUCAUAGAAUGUACUGUGAUGUAGCUAUAUUGUUUUAUUAUAAAAUGUAUAGCAACAAGUAAUUUUAAUACAGGCCUUUUCAGUAUUAGAUUGUAUGUUCAUGUGUAACUACGCUACAAAAAAAAAACAGUUUGCAUUGCA